CUUUGAUACUCUACACUUUCACCCCUCGAGUUUGUCCUAUUUACACACGUUUCACUUUUAAUUGCAUUAGAAAUUCAACAACACACAUCGAUUAACCUGUAUAUAUAUACACGUACAGCCAUGGCUUGAUCUGUAUAUUACGAAUACCCACUGUUCCCAAAUCCCCCCUCAUGGAUUGAAUAUCUCUCUCUCUCUCUUCCCCAAGCACGGGCGCUUGGUUUCUCUCUCUAGGGUCUAGUGGAGUUGAAGUGCGAUUUCAUUUAUGUUCCAUCUUAGGGUUUUAGUUCUGCCGGGAAUUGAAGGAAGCGAUUUUCUUUGAAUUGCUGUUCGCUUUUAGCGGGAGCUCUGCCGUCGUCCGGAUGUUUCUGAUUGACUUGAAUGAUUGCCAGCAUGGAUUUGAAUGCAUCCCCUGAACCGGAAGAGGAUGAUGUGUUUCCUGCGCCACAUUUAGAAGAAGAAAAUGUACCAGGUGAAUUUGCUGACUACAAUGAACAUGUGGAACGUGGUGAGAGUGCAGUUCAGAUUUCACGCAGGGUUAAAAUUCUUUUACCUGGCUAUUGGGUUGCAUCUUCAAAUCAUACGAAUCCGUUUCAGUAUGGUGCAGUUUGCUUUGCACUGUGCCAAUUUGUUUCUGAUACCACACUAAAAUCUGAAUUGUUUUGCAUCCCAAGUGGAUCAUCCAUCUCCUUCUAUUGGCCUUUCACUUUUGUAGUACUGGAACGUGAAGAAAGGAUGCAACGGAUACGAAGACAACGUCCUGAUGAGAAACCAGCCUAUGGAUAUCAGUCCAGUCAGCGAGAUGCUGGGUAUCAAGUAAAGCGGCAGAGACCUAGUAGUAGACUUCCACCAGGUUGGUUAGACUGCCCUGCAUUUGGACAAGAAAUAGGUUGUUUGGUACCCUCAAAAGUUCCUUUAGGUGAAGCAUAUAAUGAUGAUAUUCCUCCUGGUAAAAGAUACUCAUUCAGGCAGCUUGGUUUGGUGAUUGAUCUUACCAAUUCAAGUCGAUACUAUAAUGUGAAUGACUUUAAGAAUGGUGGUAUGAAGCAUGUAAAGAUUGCAUGCAAGGGGCGUGAUUCAGUGCCAGAGAAUGAGGCUGUAAAUAAAUUUUUCUAUGAGGUCUUCCAGUUUCUAAGUCAGCAGAACAAGCAACAAAAGAAGUAUAUUCUUGUUCACUGCACGCAUGGGCAUAACCGUACUGGAUAUAUGAUUGUCCACUAUCUCAUGCGUACGGUGCCCAUAUCUGUCUCUCAGGCAAUCAAGAUAUUUGCUGAUGCACGUCCACCGGGGAUUUACAAACCAGACUAUAUUGAUUCCUUGUACGAUUUCUAUCACGAGAAGAAGCCGGAUAUGGUUGUUUGCCCCCCAACUCCAGAGUGGAAAAGAUCUUCGGAUCUAGAUUUGAAUGGUGUUGCAAUGCCAGAUGAUGAUGACGAAGAUGGAGAUUCUGCGGCUCCUGUACAUGAGACUAAGGAGACACAGCCGGUCAUGACAAAUGAUGAUAUUUUGGGGGAUAAGAUACCUUUUGACCAAGAACUAGCACUGCGGCAUUUUUGUUACAAAAUGAUGAAGUUGUCUGUGCCUCCAGGGGCGAGAGGACCUCAGAAUUUUCCUGGCUCACAUCCAGUUUCUCUUAACAGGGACAACUUACAAUUAUUGAGGCAACGUUACUACUACGCGACAUGGAAAGCUGAUGGAACUAGAUACAUGAUGCUUAUCACCAUGGAUGGUUGUUACUUGAUAGAUAGGCAUUUUACUUUCCGGAGAGUCCAAAUGCGAUUUCCUUGCAGGCAUGCUAAUGAAAAGGGAAUGACAGAGAAGAUGUAUCAUCAUUUUACUUUGCUUGAUGGGGAGAUGAUAAUUGACACAGUUCCUGAUUCACAGAAGCAAGAAAGAAGAUACUUGAUCUAUGAUAUGAUGGCCAUUAAUAAUGUUUCCAUCGUUGAGUUACCAUUUUACGAGCGUUGGAAAAUGCUCGAGAAAGAAGUUAUUGAACCUCGGAACCUUGAGAGACACCAUAUGUAUCAGAGCCAAAACCCUUAUUACAGAUAUGAUUUGGAACCAUUCAGGGUACGGAGGAAAGACUUUUGGCUGCUUUCUACUGUUACAAAACUGUUGAAAGGAUUUAUUCCAAAGCUUUCACAUGCAGCAGAUGGUCUUGUUUUUCAGGGUUGGGAUGAUGCUUAUGUUCCAAGGACACACGAAGGCCUUUUGAAAUGGAAAUACCCAGAAAUGAAUUCAGUGGACUUUCUCUUUGAGGUUUUGCAUUUCUAUUCGUUUCAUCUCUUUGAGGUGGUUGACGAUCAUCAAUUACUUUCUCUGUUUGAACGAGGGAAGAAGAAAUUGAUGGAUGCGAGGGUUGUGUUUCCUGACGGGAAUGAUCCGUCAUCUUAUUCGGGGAAGAUUAUUGAGUGUUCAUGGAAUUCUGAGGAAGGUGUAUGGGUGUGUAUGAGGGUGAGGAUAGACAAAGGGACUCCUAAUGAAUUCAACACGUACAAGAAGGUUAUGAGAAGUAUAAAGGACAAUAUCACGGAGGAUGUGUUGCUGAACGAGAUCAACGAGAUCAUACGCUUGCCGAUGUAUGCGGAUAGGAUACAGAACGAAAGCAAAGCCCAUCAACAUAAUUCAGCACGUCGUAGGUAAAUUGAAUAAGUUUCAAUCAAGCUGGGCCUUAUAAUCUGUUUUCUUGAUAUUUAGAGCGAUUAUAAAGUCUGAUUAGACAUUUCAAAACGAAUCGACAUAAAAAAAAUCAACAAUUUUAGUGAUUUGUGUUGUGUGCCUUUGUGUUUUCUGGCGAGAGUCACUCGGCACACUCUUUAUACAAGUGACGAUCCUCUGAAGUCGGGGAUUAAUUUCUCUCAGCCUAUUUUAGAUUGUUAUAGGAGUAGUUGAUUGAUAGGAUAGCCAUUGUAUAUUAUUGUUUUUUCCAGAUUGUUCUUUUACAAUUAGUUGGGUAGAAUUUGUUGCAAGGUGUUAGAUUUCAAGGAUAAUAAGUUGAAUUUAUAUAAAUCUCCCGUUAUUAAUGUGGACUGCUGUUAUGUUUGGGUUGAUAUGAGUUUCUCUGUUUUUUCUUGUCACUUUUUCCACAAAAAGUUUUGAAAUUUUGGAUAGUUGAGUUGCUUUUAUGCUUUGUGCCACAAAAUUUGGCUACACUGACGAAUUGACUGUGUGAAUGAG